UUAGACUGGUUAAGUGGCUACUACCGUUUUGGGUAUCAAUCAGGUUCAAGACCAGAAGUAGCUGAGAAAGAAAAGGAUCCUCAUUCCAGUCAAACCAGUGCUAGUUACUUAUCCUUCAGGGGAGUGUGCUUGAGCAGUGUGCUGCGAAACGUGUCGUUCGUAAUGGAAAGAAAAAGAAGAGAAAUAUCUCCUUUUAAAUGCCUCAAAGCUUUUGGGUUAGCAGAAUUCUACUCCUUCUUGUGGGUGGGAGUACUAACUCUUGAUGGACCCGGAGAAAUGGUGGGUUCUCGGAUGAUGCCCGCCGGCUCAGAUUCUACUAAUAGCGGGAGCUGGCGAGAUUUUCUAAACCCUUCUCUGGAGAGGGAUUCAGUAGGAGGGGGAGCACUUACUUCUACGGGCCCUAACGGGGCGGGGCUCCCCUCCAUGUGGGAGGAAGAUUCGUUUGAGCUGGACGUUCUCGAAGAAUCAUUCUCAUCCUCCAAAACGGUCACAGACUCCCCCCCGGCAGAGGAGUCCCAGGGGGAACCCUCGGUAAAUCGGCGUAGUCCCGAGGAAGCUGGGCCAGCGCUUCCAGCUAAUCCAGACCAAGGCCUACCUACUGAUAGGAAAGGUAACCCGAUGGAUCUUAAUGCUCGGCCCUCCCUAUCAUACGAGGAAAUCGAUAAUUCCGACUCUUUACGAGCGCGGAAUCUCCAAUUAUUGGAGGAUCUGGAGCGAAUCCAGGAAAUGGAACGGAACCUCCAGAACGAGAGGGAUCCCGACCGUCGUUGGGAAGUAGCCGCCUGCAUAGAUCGGGCGGCGUGCGAGCUGGAGCAAAAAAUUGCUCUCUGUCAAACCCGGGAUACUGUUCAAGAUGAUCAACUGGACGUAUGGAGGGAGGGGCUUUAUGAGGAAUUAGCAACGCAAGGGGAGAAACAGGCCCGCUUUGCGUUACUAAUUUCGUGGCUCAAGGUGUACAACAACCUUAACCGCGCAAGCCUGGGCUGGGCCUACCUCCAUCCU